CUUAUUGGUCGUUGUGUAUUCUUAAAGCAAUUUCAUUAACAUCAAUACCACUCAAUUAAGACACUUUUGAUCUCUCUUCCCCUCUCUCUCUCUCUGUCACUUGGUUAUCAAUUAUACAUGAUCAUCAACUCACACCUCUGAGUUCAGAUCAGAUCACACCACUCACAACCCACUCCAAUGGCUGAAAAGGUAACAACAAUGGUGCUGAAGGUUGAUCUUCAGUGCCCUAGCUGCUACAAGAAGGUCAAGAAAGUACUCUGUAAAUUUCCUCAAAUACGAAACCAGGUAUAUGAUGAAAAGCAAAAUACGGUGACCAUCACUGUAGUAUGCUGCAGCCCGGAGAAGAUUCGUGACAAGUUGUGUUGCAAGGGUGGCAAAGCUAUUAAGUGCAUUGAGAUCAAAAAGCCCGAAAAGCCCAAACCGCCACCGCCUGCAGAAAAGCCCAAACCGCCACCGCCUGCAGAAAAGCCCAAACCGCCACCGCCUGCAGAAAAGCCCAAGCCGCCACCGCCUGCAGAAAAGCCCAAACCGCCACCGCCUGCAGAAAAGCCCAAGCCGCCACCGCCUGCAGAAAAGCCCAAGCCGCCACCGCCUGCAGAAAAGCCUCCCCCUAAGCCACCGGUUCCGUGUCCGGCUCCGUGUCCUAUGCCUGGACCGAUAACAGUCUACCCAAUAGGGGUGUGUUGUGGGUCGUGUUAUGAGGGGCGGCCUGGCGGCCCAUGUUACGAUGGGUACGGAGGAAGGCCACCACCUCCUCCUCCACCAUGUUAUGAUUUCUAUGGAAGGACAGCAGGAUACUGUGAUGGUUAUGGAAGACCAUGUCGGUGUGACUACUACUUUUGUGAAGAAAAUCCAUCAGCGUGCACAAUCAUGUGAAAAGGGCGGUCAUUGUCCUGCUGUUUUUAAUUCCCUUUUGUUAACACAUCCACUCAUUUUCUUGGUGUUUUUCGGGGUUUUUAUAAUAUGGAGUUUUAGAUGAGGAAAGAAAAUAACAAGAAAAAGGUUGGUGGUGUGGUGUUGGUGCCCAAAUGGUUGUUGACGUCACAUAUUAAGAUAUAUUGCCUGUACCUUAUUAUUCUUUAUUAAUAAAACAAAGUCUUUACUUUA